AUGCCGGGCGCGGUGAAGGCCGGGAGCCGGCCGCCGUGGCUUGGGCUGGGGGCGGCCGUGUGGCUGCAGGCGUCGGCGGGGACCAGCUCCGCCUUCGCGCUCUACUCGCACGCGCUCAAGGUGGCGCUCGGCGCCGACCAGAGCCGCGUCGCGCUGCUCGGCGUCGCCUGCAACGUCGGGGACAGCCUCGGCCUCCUCCCCGGCGUCGUCUGCAACAAGCUCCACCCGGCCCUGCUCCUGCUCGUCGCCGCCGCCUCCGGCCUCCUCGGCUACGGGGUCACCUGGCUCGCCGUCUCCGGCGUCGCCCCGGCGCUGCCCUACUGGCUGAUAUGGAUCGCAUUAUGCAUGGGUUCGAACAGCGGUGCGUGGAUGUCGACCGCCGCAUUAGUAACCAACAUGAGGAACUUCCCACUCAGCAGAGGGGCUGUUGCCGGCAUCCUCAAAGGCUACUCUGGUCUGAGUGCGGCUGUAUACACUGCCAUUUACACCGGCGCGCUUCACGGCUCAGCUGCAAACCUCUUGCUUUUUCUCACCCUGGGAGUUGCCAUCGUUUGCCUUCUCGCGAUGUACUUUGUGAGGCCUUGUGAGCCUUCUCUGGUGGAGAAUUCCUCGGAGCGAGUUCACUUCCUGUUCGUACAGAUCAACAGUGCUCUUCUUGGGGUUUAUCUCGUGGUGGCCACGACGUUGGAUCGUUUUCUGACUCUCACCCCUGCUUUGAACUAUUCCUUGAUUGCUAUUAUGGUCAUUCUCAUUCUUGCACCAUUUGCGAUACCCGUGAAGAUGACAUUGUUUCGAAGCGUCCCAAGGAAAGUCACUUCUGCUGCUGCUGACAAUGAUCACACGGAACCAUUUCUUCUGCCUUCUUCCUCUGAACCAAAUUUCGGCAAAAUCGAAGAUGAGGAUGCUGCAGAUAUUGAUCUUCUCUUAGCUGAGGGUGAAGGGGCUGUGAAGCAGAAGAGAAGAAGACCAAAAAGGGGAGAGGACUUCCGGUUCCGUGAAGCUCUGCUAAAGGCAGAUUUCUGGUUGCUCUUUGCAGUGUUUUUUAUAGGUGUUGGGUCUGGAGUCACCGUUCUUAACAAUCUAGCGCAAGUUGGAACUGCAGCAGGUGUUGUUGGCACAACUAUAUCAGUCUCUCUCUUCAGUUUGGGCAACUUCUUUGGCCGCUUAGGAGGUGGUGCUGUUUCUGAUUAUUUUGUCAGGUAA